AUGAUUUAAAUUAGAGAGUAUCUUUGUAAAGUAUCUGAUGGAAAUGAGAAUGAAACACCAGUAUAUCGACAUCCCAAUUCUAAAGUAUUAAUUUUAGUUUAUACAGGAUGGUUUUCCAUAGUCAAAAAUUAGCUUUUAAUAGGAAUUUAUAGAGAAGCUAUAAAAAUAUCCAAAUAAGAAAACCCUUGGCUUAUUUAAUGAAGAAUCCCAACAAUAUGAUUAAAUAACCUACAAGGUAAUGAAAUAUUUUUGAUAAAUAGGAAAUAUUUGACACUGCAACCGCCAUAGGUUCUGAACUAUAUUCCAGAAAUUCAAUAGUAGAUGUAAAGGAUGAAUAAGGAAAUACAAUUAAGCCUAUUGGAAUAUACAUGUCUAACAGAAGAGAAUGGACUAUUCUUGACGUAGCAUGCAUUCUUUAUGGUUUUACAUCCUGUCCAUUUUAUGAUACACUUGGAUUAAAUAGUAUCUAAUAUUCCUUAGAAUAAACAUAAGCAAGGUACAUAUAAACAUAUAUAAGAUUAGUGUUUGUUUUGUCUAAUCAAGUACUAUUAAGGUUUUGAUUGAUGUCAAUUAGCCCAACCUAAAAACUAUAGUAAUAGUAGGAGAAGGCUUCAAUGAUGAAGAUUUAGAAAAACUUAGGACAUAAGGCAAAGAAAUUAUAACAUGGGUUUAAAUGUUAGAAAAAGGAAAAAAUAAUAUAAUUCAAUUUCCAAACUUACAACCAGAGAUUUCAAUGACUUUAAUUUUUACAAGUGGAACAACAGGUCAACCAAAAGCCGCCUUAUAAACCUAGUUAAAUUUUUAAAGCAUGAUGCUUAUUGUUGAAUAUCACUAUAAUGCCAAAUUUACAGAAAACGAUGUUUAUUUAUCAUAUUUACCUUUACCACAUAUAUUUGAAAGAGUAAUUCAUUUAGCUGCUUUAUUAGCAGGAUCAGAAAUUAAUUAUUAUAGUGGAAAUAUACUUAAUUUAGCUAGAGAUAUAUAAAGAUGUAAACCAACUUAUUUUUGUGGAGUACCUAGAAUUUUUAAUAGAUUUUAUGAUGGAAUAUAAACUGUUGUUAAUUCAUUACCACCAGAAAUAAAAGAGAAAUUUGAAAAAGCUUUUGAAAUGAAAUUAAAAUAUUUUUAAUAAACUGGAAAAACUACUCAUGAACAAUUAGAUGAGGCGUUUAUAAAAACAAAAGGAAUUUUAGGUGGAAGAUAAAGAAUAAUUCUUACUGGAUCAGCUCCUAUAUCAACAAAAGUAUUAAACUUUUUAAAAAUGACUUUAUGUUGUUAAUUUUUUGAAGUAUAUGGAUAAACUGAGACAAUGGGAGGAUCUUUUGUAACAGAUUAUUUUGAUCCAACAUGUGGUCAUGUAGGCGGUCCAUCAAUAUCUUAAGAAUUCAAAUUAGUUAGCAUACCAGAGAUGGGAUAUUUUACAGAUUCAAAUAUAGAUGGACAUGUAAGAGGAGAGAUUUGUAUUAGAGGACCAAGUAUUAGUAAAGGAUACUUUAAAAAUGAAGAAUAAACUAAAUAAUUAAUUGAUACAGAAGGAUGGGUUCAUACUGGAGAUGUAGGUGAAAUUAUUUAAGGAACUCUUAAAAUUAUAGAUAGGAAAAAGAAUUUAUUUAAAUUAUCAUAGGGUGAAUAUGUAUCUCCAGAAAAAGUAGAGAAUUGUUACAUAAGAAUGAAAGGAAUCAUGGAAAUAAUCAUUUUUGGAGAUCCAUUAUAAAACUAUUGUGUUGCUGUUGCUGUUGUUGAUCCAACUAUUUUAAAAUUAUAUGCUGAUUAAUUAAAAAUUUAAGGCGAUCAUUCAACUUUAUGUGCAGAUAAACAAUUAAGAUAACACAUUCUGACUUUAUUAAAUGAACAUGUAUAUCAUUUAAUUUAUUUAGGGAUCUAAAGAAUAAUUAAAUGGAUUUGAACAAGCCAAAAAUAUUUAUCUUGAAUCAAAACCAUUUUAAUAAGUUGGAAUCUUAACAGAUACUCUAAAGAUGCAAAGACAUGUAGCUAAAAUACAUUAUCAAGCAAUUAUUUAACAAUUAUACGAUGAAAUUGCAAAAUGA